UGAUGGGCGGUCUGGCUGGUCGGGGGAGGGGAUGCCUGUAGUUGGUGUUUGCGGUCGGGGCUCAGUGGCUCAGUUUGCCCCGGGAUGUUGUCGAUGAAUGAUCCGAGUGCUCUUGCGGGAAUGUUGCCCUUCGACUCAAUCGGUCUCUACGAGCAACCUAAACCGCGGUUCAUCUUCAAGAUGCCGCGAGUUGUUCCCGACCAGAAGGCCAAAUUUGAGUCCGAUGAACUGUUCAGGAGACUUUCCAGAGAAAGUGAGGUCAGAUACACAGGAUUUAGAGACAGACCACAAGAAGAACGUCAAGUUCGGUUCCAAAACGGUUGUAGAGAAGGCCACACAGAAAUUGCGUUUAUAGCGACAGGAACAAAUAUUCAACUAGUUUUUAGUCCCAGCACGAACGGAUACCACAUCUCUUCCGCCGCACGAGAAUGUGACUUCGAUAAAGAACACGGAAAG